CAAUGAUACCUAGUUACCUAGUACAUACCUAGUACACUAUGAUCGCAGCGCAACGUAAAGUGGAAAAGCUGCUUUUGAUUCUUGAAUCAUUCAACAAUUUCCCCUUCAUUAUCCAUUCCAAUCUUUCUCAACCUUUUAUUCACGAAACUCCGAAAAAACAAAAACAAAAAUAAACAACUUACACAACCAUCAUAAACGCGAUUUCUGUGUAUUUGUUUGACAUUCGGAUACCCAUUAUAAUCAUCGCUGUGCCUUACUUCUAUUCUACCUCGAUAUGAGCGCAUCCUCUGUUACUGCCCGCAGGGCGGUGCUUAUAAACCCCUUUGCUGGGAGGACCACUUCCCGAACUGGCCUUGCCUUUACUUCUGCCUAUUUAGGACGACAAAGCCAAUUUCCCUUAGAUCUCACCGCGCGAGCCCUCUUGAUCCCCAUUCGAAGCAUAACGACCGAAAGGCAUACGACUGGCCCCCCUAAUGGCCCGCCCCCUGGUUUCAACGCAGAGCAGGCUAAGAAGCCGCUCCCUAAGACAGAGACGACUGCGGCAGGCAAGAAAGCAGCUGAGGCCAAAGCAAGGAAGGCUGGGGACUCAGGAGCCGCAAAAGCAACGAGUUCGUCCACCGGUGAGACCAAUGCCGGAGCCAAGUCCUUGACCGAAUUGGCCGCGAAGAAGGAAACGGGGGUAGAAAGUGCAGAAGGGAAACAGGAGAAGAAAUUAACUCUUGUGCAAAAGAUAAAGCAUGAGGUCCAGCAUUACUGGGACGGCACGAAACUGUUGGCGACAGAAGUCAGGAUCAGCAGCAAACUCGCCCUCAAGAUGGCCGCCGGCUACGAACUUACCCGAAGAGAGAAUAGGCAACUUCAACGGACAGUCCAGGAUCUUGGCCGUUUAGUACCCUUCUCUGUCUUCAUUAUCGUUCCCUUUGCCGAAGCGCUCCUGCCCAUCGCCCUCAAGCUGUUCCCCAACCUAUUACCGAGCACCUAUGAAGGCCAGCAAACAAAGGACAAAAAAGCCGCGACGCUACGCGCAACCCGUAAGGAGGUUAGCUACUUCCUUCGCGACACUAUGAAGGAGACCGGACUACCUCUGUCUCCUACCACUACACAAAAGGAGGAGUUCGUCACAUUCUUCCGAAAAUUACGAGCUACCGGGGAGCAACCCAGUGCCGACGAUGUCAUCAAGGUCUGCAAGGCUUUCAAGGAUGAUGUAACCCUCGACAAUCUGUCAAGACCACAAUUGGUGUCCAUGUGCCGAUACUUGAACUUAAACACGUUCGGCACGGAUAUCAUGCUCCGAUACCAGAUUCGUCACAGAAUGCGACAGAUCAAGAGAGAUGACAAGGCGAUCAGCUUUGAAGGUGUUGACAGCCUCAACGUUUCUGAGCUGCAGACAGCGUGUGCUAGCCGAGGUAUCAAGUCUCACACGGUGUCGCCUGCUAGGCUACGGGAGGACCUUCAGUCUUGGUUGGAUCUGCGGUUGAAGCACGGCGUUCCAUCUACGCUUCUCGUGCUCAGCAACGCUUACAUGUAUGGGCAGAAGACGGAAGAGGGUAGCUUUGACAGCCAGAUCGAGGCGUUGACUGGUGUGCUAUCGUCUAUUCCGGAGGAACUCUACCACGAGAUUGAACUUGAGGUACACAAUGCGGAAGGCGCGGCGACUAACAAGCAACGACUUGAGGUGCUCAAGGAGCAGCAAGAGCUCAUCGAUGAGGAGAAUGAGCAGAACCAAGAGAACGAGGACACUGGCCUCGCCACGCCCAAGGACGUGGAAGACAUCGACGAGAAGGAUGACAGGGCACUAGCUGCCGGGGAACAAGGCCUCGAGAAAGAGGUAGUAAACGAGGCGGCUGGCGCCGAAGCUGCGAUGGCUCAAGCCAAGGACGCGCAGCAGGAACAACAGGUACAGCAGAGGAAGGUAGAAGAAGAGACGAAGAAAUAGAAUACGGGCGUCAAGCAGUUAUAGAAUUAAGGGUAAAUCCAACGAAGAGUGUAUGAACUUUUGAGCAUUUCUUUUAUUUUUGUUUUUAUUAAAAAAAGAAA